AUGCAAUUAUCAUCAAUUUUACUCCAAGGUUUGUUAUUAUCAGGUAUCAUUGCUUCACCAAUUGCUUCUACUGCUGAUGCUAUUUCAGAUGCUUUUGAAAGUCCAGAUAAUUCCACUGAUUUAUUAGGCACUGCUGCUACCCGUUAUUACCUUUGCUUUGAUGCUUUUGAAGCUGGUAAACUCUGUUAUGGUAAGAAUAUUAGAGAUUGUUCUAAUCAUCAACAAGACGGGGGAAUGAAUCGAAGAGAUGCUAGAAAUUUUUGUGAUUUCUUCUGUAGCAAAAUUAGAAAUGUUAAUGAUUGUAAAACCAGAAAGAAGUGGGCCAAUUACCAUCCUAAAUGGGCUUGUAAAGAUCAAAAAUAUUGUUAA